AUGAAAGUUCAGUGUAUUGUACUCGUAGGUAUAGCAGCAACAAGUGUUAUUUGUAUGGGUGAGAUGCAAUUUUGUGGAUUAUUAUCGGAAGUGAAUGCCCUGCAGAAUACAUUAUGCAGAGUAUACAGGAAUCAAAUGAUAGCCAGACAGCCAUGGCUCAUGGGGAAGAAUAUACCUCCUCUCCAAAGUCUCCAGCAGAAUGUGCUAAGACAAGCAUACACAUACCCAAUGCGGACUGGAAUAGGACUAAAAGCAGGAAUUAAGCUUAGUGGAUAUACUCCAAAUGCAAUGAUAAGUGGGAGUUUAUGUGGAGAUAAAACCCUACUUCUGUGCAUACCCAGUCAGCAUGAAGACAAUCACCAUGAUAUCACCAGCCAAACUGGCCCUGCAGAGGUGCAUGAAGUGCAUGGGAUUGCACCUGCCACUAAUGAUAUACCAAAAGCAAAAGAUGAAGGACAUCAGGACAGGUCAAAUUUAGUAAUUACAAUAGGAAGCACUGACAAGAAUGGAAACUCAGCUAAUGAUGUUAUAUCCAGGAUAGUAAUAAGAAACACAGGGAAUGGAGCAGAAGCCACAUUAGACCCAAAGAAUAGCAAAAAUAUGGAAAAUGCAGGACCAAAAGACAACCAAAACAGUCCAUUCUCUCCUUCUUAUGUGCCCAGUGUUCCACUCAUUAAUGCACCCACCGCAUCUGACUCUAAUCUAAAGGACAACUCAAGAGAUUAUCCAAGAGAUUAUCCCAAAGAUAAAGACAGAAAUUAUCCAAAUGACUAUCCUAGAAACAAUGACUACCCUAGAGACAGAGAAUAUCCAAAUGACUUGGAGCGAGUUCAGACGGAGAAAUAUUCACAUAAGAGCAGUAUAAAGAGCACCACUAAAGGCACUUAUACUCAAAAGGAUUCAUCAGAACCAAGUGAAUAUUCCAAGUAUAAAACAGAAGACCGCAUAAAAAGCUCAAAAGAAACUCGGGAGAAGAUUCGGGAAGAUGUGAAAAGAACUUCAGAGUCAAAUUACUCUCGUGAUAAAAGACGUGAUGAUCAAUCAGACUACCAAAAUGACUCACAAAAAUACAAGAAUUCAUCUUCUUGGGACCGUGACUUAAGAGAUGAUGAUCAAAAUGACUCGCAUAUGAAGAAGUACAAAGACAAGCCUACCAAGGACUACAACCCAGAUGGUGAUGACUACCAGGACUGGAGUGUAACCAGCAAAGAGAAAAAGAGUUUUAAAAGGGAACUAAAAUUACAAAAGAAAAUAAUAAGAAAAGAAAUUGAAGAGCAGUACAAGGAAAAACAAAAAAAGAUUGAAAAAGAGCUAAAAAAGUUGAAGAGUCAGAAAAAAGAAGACGAAAAACUGUUGAAGAAGCUAAAAAAUAGUGAAAAGUCAAAAUAUCCAAAAUCUUCAGAUGACAGUAGUUGGAACGAAGAUACUCCAUGUGGGAAAAAUAAGUGUGGCGGUGAUAAUACACCAAAAAGGUAUUUGAGUGAAUACGAUAUGCCUGUAAACCACAAUAGCACAAAUAACAAAGAAACUCUUGCUCGAAUAGAAAGAGCCUUGCGUGAUCUGGAAAGGAAGACAGCACCACCACAGAUAAGCCCCAGUUAUAUUGAAGAAGACCCGGAUAUAGGACCAGAUCCCAGAAUAGUAUACAGUAAUGCACCAGAGCCAAUGAAUUAUAUAGAAAGAAAACAUUAUAUAUUCCAUGACCCAGCACCAAUACCAAAGAAAGCAAAGCCUGUGGUAUACAUCAGGGCUAGCAGCAUACUAUAA